CAAGACCCUAGCGCGGUGUAUUUUAUGUGGAGCUCGCAGUCGACCUCUCCAAAUCCCUAUACCUGUUCGCCGGAAACAUGGCCCACCUUCCCCCUCCCCUCCUCUCGUGACCGAAACCCAGUCCACAGCGACGGAAUCGCGGCGCACAAAGACCUCAGAAACUCUUCCAUCUUUCUCGUCUCGUUUUUAGUGUUUGGCAGGAUUUAGUUUUAAUUCUGCUACCAAGCAGGUCCUUAUAGUGAACCGGUGAGAGCGAUCUGCAGUCGUAAUCGUCGGGAGUGAAGAGAGAUGAGAGUGCCUAAGAGCUCCGCGGCGAGCCGGCGGCCGACCAUUAUUCUUUUAUUAGGCGCGGCCAUCGCGUUUUCCAUCCUCGUCGCCUCUAUCCAAUCAUCAUUAUUUGCGGGAAAGCGAAAAUCAGAUAUAAAGAGUGAGGAGAUCAGUAUACUGUCGGAUUUCCAGUUACGGGUUCAGCAAUGCGUGGCAAACAGAGGACUUGGUCUUACUGCAGACAUUAUUGAUCACUGCAGAUUAGUCCUUAAAUUUCCUGAGGGCACCAACAGUACCUGGUAUAACGCACAGUUUAAAAUUUUUGAGCCGUUGGAAUACCGUUAUGAUGUCUGUGAAGCUAUUCUACUGUGGGAACAGUACCGUAAUAUGACUACCGUUUUGACGAGGGAAUACCUGGAUGUCCGACCAGAUGGUUGGUUAGAGUAUGCUGCAAAAAGGAUUGCACAAUUGGGUGCAGAGAAAUGCUACAAUCGCUCUCUUUGUGAGGAGCACCUUAAUUUGAUUUUGCCUUUGAAGCCCCCUUUUCAUCCACGACAAUUCAGAACGUGUGCUGUUGUUGGGAAUUCAGGGGAUCUCUUGAAGACAGAAUUUGGGCAAGAAAUUGAUGAACAUGAUGCAGUUUUUAGAGACAACGAAGCUCCGGUUAAUGAGAAAUACGCCAAACAUGUUGGCCUGAAAAGGGACUUUCGUCUUGUAGUGAGAGGAGCUGCUCGAAACAUGGCUGCCAUUUUGAAUGGAUCAUCUGAUGAGGUGCUAAUAAUUAAAAGUGUGACGCAUAGAGAUUUCAACGCUAUGAUAGAGAGUCUUCCUAAUCCAGUUUAUCUUUUCCAAGGAAUAGUGCUUCGAAGGGGUGCCAAAGGAACUGGAAUGAAGUCUAUAGAAUUAGCACUAUCCUUGUGUGAUAUAGUGGACAUAUAUGGCUUCACUGUGGACCCCGGUUAUACAGAGUGGACGCGCUACUUCUCAUCUCCAAGAAAAGGGCAUAAUCCAUUGCAGGGAAGGGCCUAUUAUCAGCUGCUGGAAUGCCUUGGUGUUAUAAGGAUCCAUUCCCCCAUGAGAGCCCAUAGGACUCAAAAUUGGUCUGAUUUGCCAACCAAGGAGAACAUAAGGCUCGCUCAUGGAGUCGCUCUUCGCUUGAAGAAGCUGCAGGCUGGUCAGCCCCUGGAUCUCGGACCUUUCACAAACUGCAAAGUUUGGGGCACUGUAAGCAGAAAUAGCGCCGGUUUUGUUUCAGGAUCUCCCCGUAUGAGCGAUACGAGGAAGAACUCAAAUUACAGCAAAUGGGAGAUUCUGCCAUUUGAGAGCCUAAGAAGGGAGGCUCAGGAACAUUACUUCCAAAUGGACGGUGUAUCUCUUUACAAGAUGGACGGCAACAAAUUGGAUGAUCUCGUCUGCAUAAAGCAUGAAUGAUUUUAGAUUGAGAGCCGUUUCGCUAAUGGUUAGCGAAUCAGUGAUUCAUAAAUGGCUGCUGCUGAUUUUGUGAAUUGGCGCCUUUAUUCUCCAUCACUAACGCCAGGUGCAUCUUCAUAUUCUUUGCACUUAUGAUGAUUUGUUUGUAUUUACUCCACUUGGUCUCUUGAAGAUUUGAUUUUGUAAGCUUCUAUUGCUCGGUUUUUAUUUCUGAUUUUGUCUGCUUUCACGACAUAACAAAUGGGGGGGUACCCGUUCCUGUUUAUUGUAUGAUAGGAGUCUUGUGGCUCACAACAUAGCGCCAAAACACCCAGCUGGCCUGCCCUGCAAACUGGCUCCUACCUUUUGUCUUGAGCAAUGCAAUAUAAAUUUUGAUUAAUUAUCUUUAUGUUGCACUUUAUUUCAAGUACAUGACCAAGAGUAAAAUCUAUUCUAUUUUGGGCAUCA